CGUCGUGGUGCUUGGGCGGUCGCCACAGAGAGGAUUCGGUGGGGCCGAGUCCCGGACAGACUGCGGCCCGCGACCUUGGUCUCCCGCCUCGCUCCCAGCCAGCACCUCCCGUCUGGCGUGCCGCACCGUAGGGUGCGCGUGCAGGUCGGGGCCGCGGCCGCCUCGGGGCCUGGCCUGGCCGCAGGCUCCAGCCCCAGCCCCAUCCCUAGCCCUAGCCCCAGUCCCAGCCCCAGCCGCCGCCCCCGCCGCCGGCCCUGAGGGUCCUCGCGAUGCAGCCGCCGGGCCCGCCCCCGGCGUAUUCCCCGACUAACGGGGAUUUCACCUUUGUUUCCUCCGCUGACGCGGAAGAUCUGAGUGGUUCAAUAGCAUCCCCAGAUGUCAAAUUAAACCUUGGUGGAGAUUUUAUCAAAGAAUCUACAGCUACUACAUUUCUUAGGCAAAGAGGAUAUGGCUGGCUUUUGGAAGUUGAAGAUGAUGAUCCUGAAGAUAACAAGCCACUUUUGGAAGAGUUGGAUAUCGAUCUAAAGGAUAUUUACUACAAAAUUCGAUGUGUUUUGAUGCCAAUGCCAUCACUUGGUUUUAAUAGACAAGUGGUGAGAGACAAUCCUGACUUUUGGGGUCCUUUGGCUGUUGUUCUUUUCUUUUCCAUGAUAUCAUUAUAUGGACAAUUUAGGGUCGUCUCAUGGAUUAUAACUAUUUGGAUAUUUGGCUCACUAACAAUUUUCUUACUGGCCAGAGUUCUUGGUGGAGAAGUUGCAUAUGGCCAAGUUCUGGGAGUUAUAGGAUAUUCGUUACUUCCUCUCAUUGUAAUAGCCCCUAUACUUUUGGUGGUUGGAUCAUUUGAAGUGGUGUCUACACUUAUAAAACUGUUUGGUGUAUUUUGGGCUGCGUACAGUGCUGCUUCAUUAUUAGUGGGUGAAGAAUUCAAGACCAAAAAGCCUCUUCUGAUUUAUCCAAUCUUUUUAUUAUACAUUUAUUUUUUGUCCUUAUAUACUGGGGUUUGAUCUAAGUGACCUAUGAAUAGAAAGACAGUGUUUGUGUGUAGACGGGGAUUCUUGCCGAGGGGACUGGAAAAAAACCUGUUGCUAGUAAAACUACAUGUUUCAGAGGUAAAAGUGGUUUAAAGUCUUUAUAAAACAUUUUUUUUUGUAUGUAAUUAAGUAAUUACAGUCACCUGGAUUUUUUUUUUUUUUUUGGUCAGAAUUCAAAAUUCUGUUUGAUUCUUCUUCAUAUUCCAGUGAAUAAAAUAUAAAAUCAUUGUGUUUUUAAGAUUGUGUCAAUAUUCACCUAAAUUCAUGUGCCAAAAGCACCUGGUGUGGUUAUAUAUUUCACUUGAAGGGUAAAUAUGACAAAACAUCCUAAUAAUCUAAAAGUGCAAUUUUUUUCUUUAAUGGGUUUUUUCCUGCAUUGCAGAUCCUGUAGAUAUAUAUUUAUAUUUAUACAUAUAUAUUUAUGAAGUAAUUCUUAUUCACAGGAUAUAUUUCUGACUAGCCUAAAAAAUAAGAUAUUUUAAAUCUAAUCCUUAAACUUUAAUUUGGCCAUUAAUCUUUAUUUAUAAAUUUAAAUUUGUUUUUUAAAUUGUAUAUAAUUUUUAAAUCUCAUACAUGCUUCAGUAUGUCCUUGUUAAUCUUAAUAAUAACUACUAAAACUAAUUUUAAUAGUUGCUGAUAUCAAUUUUAUUUGCUUGGGUAUGCUUUUAAAAACUAUAUUUGAAUGUCUAAACAUAUGAUCUGAAUUUUCUGUUUAUCUUUCUGGCCAAAGGAGCAAGAGGUAUAAAUGGAUAUGGCAUUCAUUAGAAUUGUCAAUAUGUAGAAAAAUGAUACUGUUUAUAGCAACAUUAAAUAUUACUAAAUGGCACUCCCUAAAUCACAAAAGUUGCUGGAAAAGAGACCUCUAAAAAUCUUGUGGUCCUAAACAAUGUUGUCUGAAGUAGAAAAACAAUAAAAUGCUUCCCAGCUGUG